CGCAAAACGACCCGCUGCAGUGUUGAAGCGGCCGGAGGUUUUUACAAGCGAUGCGCGCCCGCGCAUCGCGCGUCUCGAAAUUUGGCAUGAUCUCGUGUGGGUAAUGUCGCUUCUAGUUCUAGUAUUACUAUUAAUUUGGACAAUUAUGAAGACACAACAAGAAUAAAUGAAAAAUUCGUCUUACAGUUGGGUGUGAACAAGAUCAAGACUGACGACCUACCCGUAGCCGUACCCGGCGCCCCUGUAGUAUUGUUACUGCUGUCUGUUACUGAUAAAAACCCAAGUUGUCCUCGACAGUUUUUCCUUUUCGGUUUUCCUUUUGGUUUGAUGUCCACUCACGCCAGUUUCAUCAAUCUUCGUUUGAUAUCGAAUUUCUGUGCCGCAAAAAUGUAAAAUCACUGUCCAAUUAUGUCAUCCUUGCUGUUCCAUGAAGACAUUACGCCGCGCGGCUAUACUUUAUUUGGCGCAGACCACGACGACCUCUAAAACAGAAGAAAGGCUCUUGCCUCUUUUGACAAGGUAAUUUGAGCACAAUGGUGGAGUCUGGCAGUGUUAAUAAUGCACUCAGCAAUCAAGGAACACCUCAGCAGGACAGCAUUUCGCUUGUGCGGCGGAGGGCGAAGGAAGCAGGAAAGAAGCCGCGGCACCCUCAGCUUUGCACCGUGAAUUUGUAUGAUAUUCGCGAGGAUGUAACCGAUAAUGUCGACCGCGUGAAGGACGCGGUACUGGACUACCUCCACAGCUUCCAGCAGCUCUCUGUUGGCAACAAGAAGAACGAGGCAAAAAACAAAGCGAUAAAUAAGAAAUCCGGAGCAGAGCAGUCUCCUGGAGACGAUGAGGAAGAGCCGGUGUUUUUCCAUGUCACCUUGGAGGUGUACGGGAUGGAGGUUUCCUACCGUGUGGGGCAGGGCGUGGAGGCAUGGAUGACGACGGAUCCCCGCCUAUCCUGUGUGAAAACGACCUCAGCUGCUGCCCAUCGCACGUGUCUCGCAUGCCCAUCAAAGCGUUUGUUUUAUCCCUUGCGCUUGCGUGUCGUCCCCAUGCAUAAUUUAAUAAUUGGUAGCGUUUUAUUCUGAUGGAGUGUAGUUAGGGAAUGAUUUGUGACGAAGAUACUGCUACAAAACCAUGCGUAUUUCGUCGAUUGGAUGUGUUGAUGUUGAGUCUGUGCUAUGUAUUUCUCGCCGCCGCCGCGGAGACGAGUACACUCACAGCAGCCCCCUAAAUGUCAACAUGCGUGGCUAGAACGGCUGCUAGUACUUCUGCUAUACUUGCACGGGUAGAUCAAAUUCCACCUAUCUUGAAUGCUACGAGCACCUAGUAGAUGCGUUUUUGCACAGGAUCGUGCCCGGGGCUCGAAGCCGCGGGGCAGGAUGAAGUGGCAGGCGCUCUGAAGGCCGUGGAGUAUCCUCUUCCGGGCACGGGACCACCUGUGCGGAGCUCCAAGUACACGACGUUGUUGCUGAAGAAGGCCGUUGGCUUCACCAACCUCACGGUCGACGAGAUACUGGAGGUUGUGGACUCGGGGCUGCGCCACCCCAGCACCAAGAAGAACAACGCAUUCCAGUUCGUGCAGGGGUUUUGCAAGUAUCUUGGAGUGGAAGCUGAGGCGCUGCCGCACUGGCUGCUUGAGGUGGCGCUCACGGGGAACGUAGACCCGGAGGAGAAUCAGGAAGCAACCGAGACGCGGGCCUUCCAGGUCACCGGCGUCUGGAUCCAGGAGGAUGUAGCGAAGCUAAUGACCUACGAGAGUAGCGCUUUCAACCCGGUCGAAGCAGAAGCGCAGUUUCGUGCGCUUCUACCUGCGAACCCCGGGUCGCAUACCGGCGUCGUUGCGGCGACACAGGACCCGUUUGCCCCGCGGGGAGGGAAGCUGCGCGGCGGCGCUCUUGUAUGUGACUUGUUCUGCGACAAGAGUGUGGCCGGUCCGGUCGUCGACCUUCUUCCCGGACUGGGCCCCUCUUCCUUACCAGCAGGCGCAGCUGCGCCGUCUGCGCCCGGAGCUGGACCUGGCGUGGGUGCUGCGGCGAUCGCAGGAGGUGGAACCGCCGCAAGUAGUGCAGCCGUUGCAAGGAACGCGGACGCGGACGUGCGGGGUGCAGCACUCCUGAUGCAGCAUUUGUACUGUGAACCUUUUCGCCGCCCUGAGCAAUUGGAGGAAGACGAGAUUCUCACGCAAGAUCGGGAUAACUCUGGCCUGCUGGUAAAGGCUAAGUCUCGUCGGGCUGCAAAGCUGCGUGCGGCCGCACGAAAUAAAGCUGAAAAGAUGAAGGGACGAACAAAGUCUGGUGUGGGGGAGAUCGCGACGAGGGAACGUUCCGAGACAUACCUCAGGACGAUAGCCCGCAAUGGUAUCGUGUAUGACGCUACGGAAACGAACACAUCAAGUGAGUCCCGUCACUGUAGUCAGUUCCCCCUUUUAAUAUUCCGUAUGAACGACCACAAAGAAAAGUCUUGUACUUUUUUUUUCCUUUUAUCUCUCACUAUCUAUUAUGCGCAGUUUCGCAUAAGCAUAAGGGCGCGCUUCUUACAAUUCCAGCUGCUUGUCUACCUCUACGCCAUUAUCAUCAUGAAUCUUUGCGGCGCGGCACCAGAAAAAGGAAUAAAGAGGGCCCGCCAGGCGCUUGAGUUUUCAUGUACAGCUGCUCAGAAGUAGACGAUAAUGAAGCUUUAGUUGAUGAGACGAUGCAUACGGGUACAACUUCUAGCUCUAGUAGUUGUUCUGGAACUGAUACAGUUGUCGCUUUUCGCUUUGAUAGAAGCAGCCUUCCUCUCCGCAGUCGAGUUCGAGACCGAGACAAGGGCGGCGAUGAGCACAAACGUUCUUCAGAAGAAGCCGGAAGCACACCCAGCGCGCUUCUUCCAACUGCUACAGCAAAAUAAGUACGUCGUGGCGCCACCGUCGACGUCCUCGUCCCAGGGACCGCAGCAGCGCGCCGCAAGCAGUGCUGCUUUUCAGCUUGUCAGUUCGGCUGCCCGUGAGACGACCUUUCGGUACGUAUGCCACGCAUUUGCGGAAGAGACGGCGUUUUGGGUCGCUCUCCUGCUAGCCGACCACACACUAUUAAGAAUGGAACAGGAACAAGCGGACGCAGCUCUGCGUCAGGUGCACACGACAGGCACGGAAGCAGCACCGUUGGAGCCUCCGCUGAUAUUCCCAGAAAAUUAUCCAUUCUCAUCUAGUCAUUUUGCAUGACGAAAGUAGUCCAUGUUGAUGUUUUUUUGCAUGCCAAAUGCAAAUCGGGCGCCUACCUGAUACACCUUCCCUGCGUUCCGGCCACCUGCGGCCGUUUGCUCGGGGGGAGGCAGGGUGAAAAUGUCCUGCGCCUGCGUGUCUGUUUAGCAUGACAAAUUGGGUGGAGGGGAUAGGGUAUUUUCAGGGAAUAGCCGACUUCGGUACCUCCAAAUUUGAAUGCAGGAGCCGGAAGGAGCGCUUCUGAUUUCUUGACGAGCGACCGAUCUCCCUACCCAACGGGGCAACUUUGUUACGCCAUCGGACGCCUGAACCAUGGCUUGCGAGUCGCAGAGGCCCACAACCGGAGAGGUUCCGUACUUUCGGCAAAUAGCACGACCUCAUCUACUACGCUUGCCGCAGAGAACUACGUGGGGGGUCCUCCUCGCGCAGACGCCACAUCUUUUGCGCCCUCGCUCGACGAGCAACGACGACGCGACGACGGGCUCGUUGCGCCCGAAGAGAUACGCGCGCUGUUAAUUCGCAUUUUUCCGCUGGAGCUGCAGCAGUUUUCGCCGGGGCGCCAGCUGCUGGCGGCCAAAGGCAUUCUCCGAGAAUGUUUGACGAGAGAACAGGAAGGUCGCUUGUUGCUGCAACCCCUCAGUUCCGGAUUGGAGGAUCAGGUGUUGCAGAGAUACGUCAAGCUGUCUGCGAACCCGUCGGGGAACAAAGAUGACAAGGAAGUGGCAGAAGCUGCGAUGCGCCUUCGGGAACAGCGGCAGAGGCAGCUACGGGUCUUGAGCAUGAACGGUGGUCGUUUAUGGAGAAAAAAUAUAUAAAAACUCCGUCCUACUUUCUAGUUAGUCACACUCUCGUGUUUUUGCAGUAUAGAAGUACCAGAACAAGCAAUUCUGUCAUGCUGCGAGCAGAUAAGCUUUUGCCUUUGCGUUGCAGCUAAUGAACCAUAAAUACGCCACGGCAGCAGGAGCUCGUGAUGUUUGUCUAACUACAUUUUUACCGGAUAUUCAAGAUGGAGUAAAGAUUUGAGUUUGAUGUUAUUGCUCCAGACGAUAAGGGUGCUCUCGAGCAAAAAUGAUACUAAGCUACUAGUAUUUACUGUGACGGAGUUUUGGUCCUCUCCAUACGGUUCACCGGGGACCGGUACUAUCAUAGUACGGCGACGUGCAUCGGAUACAAGUCUUCGUCUGGGUCCGGCGGACGUCAACGAGUCACGUCCUGAGGGUGGGGCUGGUGAAAGCGACGAGGUUUCGUCGCAGCCGUUUGCGGUCGUUCUAGAGCAGUGCCGGGCCCAGCGCAGUGCAGGCUGCAAUGUUGCUCAGUGGGCGGACGAGCUUUUCCCGCAGCAGGCGGCGCCCACGGCAAGCGCAGCACUUACGUCCGGAGACAAAAUGUACGAACGCGUCCGGCAGGUAUUUAGUCCGGCGGUGAAAAAGGAACAGUCAGCAGCCCUAUGUGCGAAAUAUGGGAGAUUGCAACACGGUUUGCUGUCCUCUCUCGUUCUCUAGUGCAACUCUAAUUUGCUUGAACACAACAACUUCAGCUUCCGUUUGAAUUGCAAAGGCAAAGGGAAAGUCAUCAAGCACAAAC